UACUUUACUAUAUGACUUGCUCAGACUAAUUGCGUCUGCCUAUCAAAUCAUGCAUAAUUAAUAUAUAUUAAUGAAAGAUUAUUAGCUAGCUGAACCCCGGCACGCGUACGUGCUGCCCCGGCACAAUCCCUUUCCUCGUGCCUACGCUUGUGUAAAACACCGGAGGAUUUUAGAUCUUAAUUUUCCUGGAACUAAAAAAUGUGAUCUGACCGGCUGUAUUUACACUGAUCAGACAGACGGGGCGACGCGGUGUUUACAAGGUGAGGUUACUUGCGAGUAGCAGCGCGCAGGAGGAGUGGUUUUCCCAGGCUCCGAGCGCGAGGAUGUAUUCCUGCUGGAGCGGUGCGCGCGCGCGCUCUGCCCGCAAUCACAGAGCACCACUUUGGCACGUGCUUCACAGAGGCAGGAGUGCACGGAGCAGGCGCACACAGUGAGGCUGGCACGCGGACCGAUGGAGUCCCCACCCCCCCACCUUUCCGCUCGCGCUGGGAUGAUUGACAGGUCGAAACUCCCCUGGCCAAUCAGCGUCCAGUGCACGCAAAUCCACAUCAAGUGCCCGGCUCCCAUUGGCUGCCUGCCUGCUGCUGCGAACCGCCUCGCGUGCCGAAACUGGCGCACCCCCCUUACUUUCAAGAGGCUGACUGACGGAUUACCUGGGGUAUCUCGCUAUGAAUAGUAAAUAACGGGUUUCUCUAUUGUGUUGGCUAUUUUAUCUGCACAAGUAAAUUGCCAUUUUCACCCCAAUUAAAGAACUGGAUUAUUCUCUUCCCAUCUCUUGUAGUUUGUGUGCAUACACCAAUUUUAGUCGUUUAACUACGCUCAUCAGUUUUUAUUAAUGCAGAGCCGAAGGCAUUUGAAGUUUGCAGGUCUACGCUCCUCCAACAGGGAGAAGUUUCAUACCGCGUAGAUAUACACGUUUAUAUCGAGCUACCGGUUUGAUUCCGUCUAAUGCCGACGGCAGACGGGCUUCUCUGAGCUCUGAUCAACCGGCGACACAAUUUGUAGACAAUUACAAUGUACAGCUGGUUGUGCACGAACGCCUGCCAGGACUUCGAACACUUAUUUUUACCCCCGUCAAUCAGGGGGUCGCAGGGACAGUACAGGUGAUGACGCCCUGCUCAGGUGGGCGCAAGCGGUCACGAUGCGGACCGGCGUCUCGAGUGCUCGGCCGUGAUUGCUGCGGCGGCUCGUGCGGAGAGGGUGAAUUCCUGGGAGCGGCAGCAGGAAGCGCAGAGGAGGGGACGAGUCCUGGUAGCGAGCCGCCGCCGCCAGCGCUCCCUCCUCCUCCUCCUGCUCCUGCUCCUGCUCCUUAUCACUUCACAGCCUCUGCCCGGCCGCGCGCGCUCGCCGCUUUGUUGUUUGUCCCUCCAGGGCUGGUUGAGCAGCGCGUGACUGACAGCCUGCGGGGGUGUUGACCAAUCAGCGGCCGGCCCCGCGCCCAAUGGGCGAGCCCGCGCGGCGAUUGGCCGCCGCGAGUGUGGGAAAGAAUGCAGAGAAGGUUUCACACGAACUGGGAGCAGGCGCGCGGGCUAUAAAUACCGCCGGCGUGUGGCUCGCGGAGGCCAGAGUCGCUCGGCGCGCUGAGGGUUGCAGGCGAACACACGCGCAGACACAUGACAGAGCGGCUCGGGAGCACGAGAGCUGAGCGGCCGGACCUGCGCACUGCCCUGCUGUCGUCAUAGGAUCUCCGCCAAGCGUGUUCCUUGUGGGGUCGCCGCCGCUCCUGGUUGACAAGCUGGAGAGGAGGGAAAAAGGAUAAACACUUUCAUAUCCGCAUCUGGCUGAAUAAACUACAGCUUGCACGACGGCUGCCAAGCUCUGAAAGGAUCAGCUUUUUUUCUAUAUAAAGACGCUUUACUCGAAGACAAGGUGUGUAUCCCAAGGAGCGAGAAGAUGCCGGCUGACACUGUGGAGAAACAGGCUGCCUGUCCGGCCGCCGGGGCUCCGGCCAGCGGCGCUCACACCCCGGACAAGCCGAAGAACGCCAGCGAGCACAGAAAGUCUUCCAAGCCCAUCAUGGAGAAGCGGCGCAGGGCGCGGAUAAACGAGAGUCUCGGGCAGCUCAAGACGCUCAUACUGGACGCCCUCAAAAAAGACAGCUCCCGGCACUCCAAGCUGGAGAAGGCCGACAUCCUGGAGAUGACGGUGAAGCACCUGCGGAACCUGCAGCGCGCGCAGAUGACGGCGGUCCUGACGGCCGACCCCACCGUCCUGGGCAAAUACCGCGCGGGCUUCAACGAGUGCAUGAACGAGGUGACCCGCUUCCUGUCCACGUGCGAGGGGGUGAACACGGAGGUCCGCUCGCGGCUGCUGACCCACCUGUCCGGCUGCCUGGGCCAGAUGAUGGCCAUGAGCUACCCGCCGCCCCCCGGCCAGCAGCCCGCGCACCCGGCCCAGCCGCUGCAUGUCCAGCUGCCGCCCGCCGCCGCCGUGUCCGGCAAGCUGAGCCCCAGCGAGGCGGGCUCGCCCAAGGUGUACGGCGGCUUCCAGCUGGUGCCGGCCACGGACGGCCAGUUCGCCUUCCUCAUCCCCAGCCCCGCCUUCGCCGGCGCCCCCACCCCGGUCAUCCCCCUGUACGCCAACGCCAGCGCCAGCCCGGCCCACGCCAACCCCGCGCCCACGGUGGCGUCGCCGGUCCAGGGGAUGACCUCCUUCCACGGGGUGGCGCCGGCGGUCAGCCCGCUCAGCGUCAGCGCCGGGCCGGACAGCGGCGAGUCCGUCUGGCGGCCCUGGUAGGCGCCCGGGGGGACGGGACACCGUCAUGAACUUUUUAACUAUUUUUUAAAAAAUUAAAAUUUAACGUUCCGUUGUAAGGAACAGAUGUG